AUGUACAUGUUCGUUAAGACAGGUGUGGAGAAAGGUAUAACUGAGGCAAAAUUGAGAAUAGAUAACUUCACGACACGAGAUGAUAUGAACCGCCUCGCCAUCCUUCUGAUGGCGCUCCUGCUGGGGGCGUCCCUCGCACUCGUGAAGGCACAGGCGACCAGCGCAAAGUCAGGAACGCAGACGAGGCACUUUGGCUUUGGUGGUUUGGGCGGUUAUGGCGGCUACGGCGGUUUUGGCGGUUUGGGCGGUUUUGGCGGUCAUGGCGGUUACGGCGGUUAUGGCGGUUACGGCGGUUAUGGCGGUUACGGCGGUUAUGGCCAUGGGUACCCUUAUGGAUAUCACUAUGGUUGA